AUGAGAGCCCCGACAAGCCCCCCUGUCGACGAGCUUCUCAUGGAGCCCGAUGCUGCAGAUCUGGAUGGAGUCCCGCCCUCACUCCUGUCCAACCCAUCCCCCGGUCAUCGGACCGUAGAAUAUAGUCCACUCGCACAAAACCAAGAUGUCGGGAAUGCUCUGCUAGGGCCAUCUUUGCCAUCAGGAACGUUACGUUCUCGGCAUAACGCCGAUGCAUCCCCGACAUCACCGCGAUCUCUGGACGGCUUCGAGGUGGAAGCUCACAAGAUCGACGACUGCUUUUCAUUGUUCUUUUCCAAUUAUGCUCACAUUCUACCUAUUCUUGACGCACAGGUAUCACCUGACGAGUAUUACCUCCGCUGUCCACAACUUUUCUGGACGAUUGUGGGAGUGGGCUGUCGGCAGUAUGUUCGAGAUCCGACCCUAUUGACACGGCUAGCACCGUCAAUCCAGAAUAUGACUCUAUCGUCGUUAGCAACACGAGUGGCUGUCAUCGACAUGAUUCAAAGUCUACUUAUACUAUCUACAUGGCCAUUCCCCUUCAAUUCAGCCAAUAAAGCCAUGGUGCAUAUAUUUAGCGGUGCAGCUGUAAACCUAGCUCAGCAGAUUGGCUUGCACGUUGUCGGUGUUGGACAAGAUUUUGCUCGUGUUAAGCUCAAUCCAGAUGAGUCGGUUAAAACAUACCGCGCACAGUUAUGGCAUUACUGCAUCAUAAUAAAUCAGAGUACCAGCUACGCAGAUGGACUUCUGCCCAGUGUCUUAACCGCCAUGGAUAAGAAUGAUAUCACUCGCGCUCACUCACUACUCUCUCCCGAUCUGCAAUACAGAUACAAAAUCCAUCAAGUCGCUCUCGAAGCCACACAGGCCAUGCAGCAAGCUGGAUUAGCCGAAAGUAAUGUAUACAACACGGCACUUCUGCAUUCUCUAGUCGGUACCUUCGACCGUGAGUUGUCAAGUAUGUCGCCUUCGACAGACACCAGUGGCAUGACCAGGAUAUAUUACGUCCUCGCGCGGCUACACAUCAGAACAUUCCAUUUCUUUAGCACCCACAGCCCGGAAACUUUUGCCCCACUACUCAGCGUCUACGAGACAGCCGUGGAAGCAAUCGAAACAGUAACCUCAAUGUGUACACCGGCUGCAGUUUGCACAUUCUAUAUACAUCGGAUGCUGGUUCUCGCGGCCUUGACCAUUCUGAAGAUCCUACGCAGCGACAUGCAUAAAUCAGCAGUUGACGCCCAGGCUGGAGAAUGCGCGUAUUUCUCCGCGAUUAUGUUUCUUCGACGGCUGUCCAUGGCCCAUGACGAUAUCAGUGCGCGCGGUGGAGACAUACUAGCUCAGAUGUGGGCUAGCGACUCUGUUUUCAAGGGUACUGAUGGCGCAAGAGAUAGCCUCACGCUGCGUAUUCGAAGUCGGCUGACAAUGAGUGUCAUAUAUGAUGUUUUCUGGUGGUGGCGUGAGGAGAUUGCUGGGUUAGCGAGCCCUUAUAAGGAGAAGCGGGACGGGAAUAAGACUACAAGAGGGAGAUCCGAUAUAUAUGCAAAUGACAUCCAAGGCCAGGAAAUGCAUUCAAGAGCUUCAGCAGAGUUUGACAGCAUCCCAUACUUUGGCACCGAGUUUGACGACCUCGCAGAAUUCAGCUGGACAGGAGCACUGAAAGACGCGACACUGGACCAACCAGUCAAUGAAACGAUAUUUGGAAUGACUCCUGGCUCGAACUAA